AAAAACGCGGCCACCGAUACUUCAUUAAAAGAGCGAUCAGAGCUCACACGCUGCUCCGCGGCGCACACAGAGAGCUUUUUGCAGAUAUCGAGGAGCCUUUGAUAAGAAAACUCUCCCACUGAAAGACAGGAUGGAUGUCUCACAGCUGCUCUUGCUCCUGCUGGUCUAUGGACAUCUGCCAAAAGUGUUAUCGGUGCAGAUGUGUGACGUGGUCAACGAGAUCGAGCUGGAGAGAUCUCGUUGUGAGGAUACCUCAUUUGGGAACGUCUCUUCAGGGUGCCAAGGCAUGUGGGACAUCAUCGCCUGUUGGCCUUCAGCCAGAGUCGGAGAGGUGGUUACAAUAACUUGCCCCACUUACUUCAGUUACUUCAGCGACGAGCACAAAGGUAACCUCUCCAAAACCUGCACAGCUGACGGCUGGACUGAAAUGCAUCCCAUUGAUAUCGCCGUGAACUGUGGAUACAAUCUCAACAGCACCAGCGAUGAUGGCAAGUUUUUCUGGCAAGUGAAGAUUGGCUACACCAUUGGCCACAGUGUUUCCCUCGUCUUUCUCACCACAGCUAUUGUGGUCCUCUGCAUCUUCAGGAAGCUCCACUGCACGAGGAACUACGUCCACAUGCAUCUGUUUGUGUCCUUCAUCCUGAAGGCCAUCGCUGUGUUCGUCAAGGAUGUCGUCCUGUACGAGGUCGGGGAGGUGGACAACUGCUCCUCAGGGUCUGUUGGCUGCAAAGUAGUGAUUGUGUUCUUCCAGUACUGUAUAAUGGCCAGUUUCUUCUGGCUGCUGGUGGAAGGCCUUUAUCUUCACGCAUUGUUGGCUGUCUCGUUCUUCUCCGAGAGGAAGUACUUCUGGGCUUACAUUCUGAUCGGCUGGGGUGGUCCGACAAUUUUCAUCACAGCUUGGAGCAUCACUAAAGCCUACUUUAACAAUGUGGGGUGCUGGGAUAUAAUCGAGAACACUGAUGUGUUCUGGUGGAUUAUUAAAACUCCUAUUUUGGCAUCAAUCCUGAUGAACUUCAUUCUAUUCAUCUGCAUUAUACGAAUACUUCGCCAGAAAAUCAACUGCCCAGAUAUUGGAAGAAAUGAGUCCAACCAGUACUCGAGGCUGGCAAAGUCAACGCUGCUUUUGAUUCCUCUGUUUGGGAUCAAUUUCAUUGUGUUUGCAUUCAUUCCAGAGCAAGUGAAGACUGAGAUGCGACUGGUUUUUGACUUGAUUCUGGGGUCAUUUCAGGGCUUUGUAGUCGCAGUCCUUUACUGCUUCCUCAACGGAGAGGUCCAAGGAGAGAUCAGGAGGAAGUGGCGAAGGUGGCACUUGCAAAGAUACAUGGGCUCAGACACCAAAUACCAACAUCCGUCUAUUGGCAACAGCAACAACUUCAGCACCCAGAUCUCCAUGCUGACACGAUGCAGCCCCAAAACACGGCGGGGCUCGUCCUCCUGUAACGACGACCUCUCUAGCAUCUAACUCACACAAACAUUGAUCCGGACAUACAUGCUGUACAAAACACUCUCAUGCCAACCAUUAGGCAGAAACAUGAAUACACUGCCUCAUGAGCGUGAGUGACGUGGACAUGGGCAAAGUGAUGAGAAGGAAAUAGUGCGACAGCUUCUAGGCAGCUUUUAAUCUCCACGCUUCUUGAGAAGGUAUAAGUGACAAACAUACAGACACAUUGCUUCACAAGCACAGCUUUUGCACAUUUGUAUGAGAACCAUUCACUUGUUUGCUUUUCAAGAUUCAGCGCACAUGUACAGAUGAAUUUGUGGGUGAAAUCAGGAUGUGUCGUGUGGUCAAUUGUUAUAAAUCAUGUUGCUCGGACACCAGGCAAUGCAAAAUGUCACAGAUUAAUGGGGUCAUGUGAGGGAAUACAAUUGUGAGCUGCACCAGCAUCCUGCAACCUGAUGUAAUUACACGUUGAUGAAAAAAUACUUAGUGGAUUCCUACCGCAGCGAAUGAACAAGGCUGGUGCGAAGACACAGCCGUUUGGAGAAAAGGAGCUGACUUACUUCUUUUUUUUUUAAAGGAAAACUCGUUAAACUACGAGCAUCGUGUUUUGGGAGAAUUUUGGCUCUUCCUCACUUUGUAGGAAGAUGGAAAAAAGUGUCUGAGAACCAGUUUGACAUUUGUUUUCUUCCAUAAAUGGCAAACAAAUGAGGUUUCAGACUGGGUGAGCAGUGUGAUGCUGAUUCACAGUGAGGAGUUCGGAGUAUAAAUGCCCUUCUCUGCACUAUCUGAGACUUAUUGUCCUUUGCCUUCUCCUUUAUCAGAACACUCCUCCCUUUUGUUUUUUGUGACUGAGCCUGUAGAUUAGAUUAUGGUGGUUGUCUGUUGAGCACCCUGUGGCAGUGUUGUGCCAAUCACUGACCAGUGCCUGGAUUCAUUGUUUUGAAGUGACACUUUCAAUCAAAUCCUCACUGGCCGUCGGCUGCUCUGGAGACUAAAUGCUCUUUAAAGGUGCAAUGUGUAAGAUAUUGGCAGGAUUUGAGUUGAUAAUAUUUGUAAAAAAUGUACCAACAUUAUCGAAAGACUGUGAGGAUAUUAGAGUGUUGACGUGAUGUCAAAGAGGUCGAUGCAUUGUGUGGCAGAGAUGUUACUGAAAUGAGCUCGUCCUAUCGUGUAAGACUACUUGUCCCUCUAGAGGCGAUAGUGAGUCACUGUCGCGUCCAGUCGGCUCUCAGUCCAACACGAGAGAAUGACAAAGUAGAGCUGCCCGGGGUCAUAUUAAUGAUAGAUCCAUGAUGUGUUUGCGUCUCAUAGUUUUGUAUUGGAUCAAACUCAAAGUGCCAAGAGGCUUCUUCGUAGGUACAGCGUGUGGCGGCUCCAGAUGAUGGCCGUGACUUCAGUUAGCUCGAAUUCAGCCAGAGAAAACCUCACCGCCAGGGCUCCAACUGCCCGUCUGAAACUGACGAUUGUAAAGUUAGAUUGCAUGGACCCAAUAUUUGAGGUGAAAUGCUCUAUUUCUUUGGAGCAAGUGGCUCAGCGUUACAUAUUGCACCUUUAAGCAGUUCAGUUCAGGAAUGUUUACAUUUUCUCUAAAGUUGUCAUUUAAAAUUGUACAGCCAAAAUAUACAGUGUAAAGAAAAUUAAUUACUAUGGAUUGUUGUACCAUAUCAUAUAUCAGUAAUGUGAUUGUAA